AUGCUUAAAUCUGUUUUUGCGGCUCUUGUGGGGCUUACUGGGUCUGUCCUCGGCUCGCAACCCACUGCCCCAGAUCCCAUUCCUGCACCCUUACGGAAUCUGACAUGGGGUCAGUUGAAUUUCCUUCACACAACGGAUACCCAUGGCUGGGCUCAGUAUGGGGCUGACUGGGGAGACUAUGUCUCAUUUGCGGCGCAUUUACGGAAGAAAGCCGAAGCGGACGGAACAGACCUGCUACUAAUUGAUACAGGGGAUAGAAUAGAGGGAAACGGAUUAUAUGAUGCUUCAGAUCCCAAAGGACGCUAUACGGCAGAUAUAUUCAAAUCUCAACACAUCGACCUUCUAUGUUCGGGAAAUCAUGAACUCUACAAGCAAAACUCCUCCGAAGACGAGUUUUCUAUUACAGUCCCGAACUUCAGAGGAAAUUACAUUUCCUCAAAUAUCGAAAUUAUCGACCCAAAAACCGGUGAUCUAGUACCAUUAGCGCCGAAGUUCAAGAAAUUCACUACCAAAGUCCAAGGUAUACGAGUUGUAGCAUUCGGAUUCUUAUUUGACUUCAAAGACAACUACCAAAAUACCGUCGUACAGCCCGUGGAGGAGACCGUCAAACAAAAAUGGUUCAUAGAAGCAAUCCAAGAUAAAGAAGUGGAUCUCUUUCUAGUUAUUGGGCAUGUUCCUGUGCAGUCGAAAGAAUACGAUACCAUUUUCAAGGCAAUUCGUGGCGAAAAUUGGGAUGUCCCGAUUCAAUUUUUUGGAGGCCACUUCCAUAUUCGAGAUUACGCUAAGUACGACGACAAGUCAUAUGGAUUGGCAAGCGGUCGAUUUAUGGAAACCAUAGGCUUCGCAUCCAUCAGUGGCCUCUCGCAGGGUGGUAAAAGGCCUACUGGGUCCUUGUCAUUCAAUCGGAGAUAUAUAGACAACAACUUGUGGUCCUUCCACCACCACACAGGUCUUAACGAGUCGACAUUUCCCACAUCCAAAGGAAAGGCUGUAUCGGAAAUGAUCUUCAAGGCCCGUCGUGCCCUUAAUUUAGACAGGCUUUACGGAUGCAGUCCGGAGACAUUUUGGAUGUCUCGAGCUAAAUAUCCGUCACCAAACAGCAUCUACACAUGGUUGGAAGAAAGGGUACUCCCGUCCACUCUGCGUGGCGAAAGACCUGCCAUGGCUAUUUUGAAUACCGGUGCUAUUCGAUUUGAUUUGUUCAAGGGACAAGUCACUGAAGAUUCAACUUAUAUAUUAUCACCAUUCACGGGAGGCUUUCGCUUUACAAAAAAUGUGCCCUACGAUAAAGCAGUUAAGAUUUUGGAAGUGCUAAAUAAAGCACCGCGUAUUUUUUCCCAAGGAUCGGGAAUUUCGACUUCAGCCUUUCUCACCCCUCCUGAACAGUUAGGUAGGACGAGUGGCUUCGCCGAUUCAUUGCAAUCUGACCAGGCUCGCUUUGAUUUCUCAAACUCCAUCAUUCCUAACGCAGAUUUAAUACCUGGUUACACGACUAAAGACGUUGCUGGAACUGACGGGGAUGACACAAUACAUUCUCCAAUCUCCUUUUACCGCUUGCCGAAUUGUAUCCAAGCUUUUAUUCCCACGACCAACACCGAAAAUCACCUAGAAAAGCCGGACACAGUGGAUCUAAUAUACCUGGAGUUUAUUGAGCCUUUUAUCGACGUAGCAGCCAAAUUCGUCGGUUUGGAUUUCGACGUUAGAAAGGAUACCGCCGAAUACAAGCCUGGUUCGAGUCUGAGGUCAGUCAUUGUGGACUGGGUGAAGAGUAAUUGGAAUUGUGAAAGAUGA